GAAAAAAGUGCGUUGCUUGUGUUUUCUCCCGGCUAUAAACGUUUUCUGUGAUUUGGUUCCUUAAUUCCCUCUUCUUCUUCUCUCCUCUUUGAAUUCAUCUCUCAUCCUCCUCCACACACGUCAUAUGAAUCACAGAAACCUCUAAUCACUGUCUUAGUUACUGGCUGCAGCUUCUCCACAAGUCUUUUUCCUGGGUGCAUAUAUCUUCUGAAUAGGUGGCCACACCAUUUGUUGAUUCGUAUUGCUGAUCUCUAUUCACGCAUAAGACAUCCGCGGCGACUGCAAUUCCAGUGAAGGAAGGGAUACUUACUUUCCAAGCCUCUCCCGAUCUCCCUGAAGCCAUCGGAUCCGCUGUCAUGCUAUCUCCGCACCCUCUACCCUCUUCCCAGUUCCUUGGCCCCCGCGUCGCCCCUCCGCCCCGCCAGGUCGCCGCUGCCAUCCUCUCCCCAAGGUCUCCACCCGUCGCCGCUGUCCUCCGUUCCCCGGGCGUCUCCAACCCGUCCCUAGAAGUCCCCACCUCGCUCUACGAGGUCCUCGGCGUCCCCGCCUGGGCGAGCGGCCGGGAGAUCAAGGCGGCGUAUCGUGGGCUCGCGCUGAAGUGCCACCCGGACGUCGGCGCAUCCGCGGAAGAAUUCAUGCGUGUCCAAGCCGCCUACUGCACCCUCUCUGACCCCCAACAGCGCGCCGACUACGAUCGCCAGCUGAUGGCUUCGUCGGCGGCAGCCGCGCCGCUCGGACGCCGUUACCGUUCGACGUACUCGCGGACCGCGUCGUUCCCCGGAAACCGCCGCCGGACUUGGGAGACGGACCAGUGCUGGUAGGAGGCCGAAUGUUCUGCCGCGACGUUAGUGGCCGUC